UCGAUUAGUUUGUUUAUUUGAAUAUAAUUCUCAAUAGAAUCCUUUUUUCCAUCGCUUCUGUGCAAUUUAUUAGAUUUCUGAUAAAAUGUUUUAUAGCUAGUGAAAACAAAGUAAAGAAUUGAUUAGCGAAUGGUUUUCAAUAGAAUUUUGGGUCGGUUUGCAUCAAUAUCAACAUUCCAUGUCACAACCGCUUUUGUGUGGGCUACAUGUCAAAGAGUCUAACGUCAUAUAGUCUAACGUUAUAUUACAUUAUAUAAAGCGACAAUAAGUCUAUGAAAAAGCGAAACUCCAACUGUGUGCCAGACCUGAAUUUGAUGUGGGAACUGGAAAAUACAUUAAAGCCAAUCCGAUUCGACGAUGGGAAAGGGUACUUUUUUGCUAUGGAAAGCAAUUGGUUCAAAUACAUACCAAUAUUCCUGAAUUUGCAACAGUACAUUCGCAAUCAUGAACGUGAACGAAAAGCCGCAUUGAAGCGAGGUGAACGAACCGAGCUUCGUGAAUACAGAAAUUUCACCGUGGUACCAACGUCAUCGUUCGAAAGACAUUACAUUCGAAUUGAUCGUAGAGUGUUUUAUCGCAUGUUGAGACAGAUAGAAUGUCCACAUCGAUUAUUUCGCAAUAAAAACGGCGGCCCAAAACAGGAGGAAGACAUCAAAAGUAAAGAAUGGGAUGUAUUAUGGCGUCUGUAUUUCGACAUCGAUAGCAUCGAAAGAGAACCGAGAAACAAAAAUGAUGGCCAUGCAACAAUAAAAUUCGACAACUCCAUUCAAACAGAUGGUGUCGGUAUGUCAUUUUUGAUGGAACGAACAAAAUUCAUCAUUGAAAAAGACGAUGAAGAGCGUAUGAAAGAGACACAAGAGAUGCUUCUGAAAAGCCAACAAGUGUAUGGUCUCGAUCCUGGACUACGUUUGGUCAUUGGUGGUGUGCGCAUUAACAAUUUCAACGAUCGAAAUAAUCGCACUGAAACAAUCAUUCGAUUGACAUCGGGCCAAUACCAAGAUAUGAUAAAUUCAUCGCGACGGAACAAAUGGCGCAAAAAGUUGACAAUUGAAAUCGAUGAAAAGAUGCGUCCACAUCGUGAGUCAUUUGAUGAGCAGCCUGGUCCACGAGCCGAAGACCAUAAAUCAUAUGCUGAUCAUAUUUUGCGUCAUUUUGAAGAAAAGUUCAUAGCAUACACACAGUAUGAAUACGCUUUGCAAGCAUUUCUCCAGUACAUUGACACGAAUAGAGCACUUGAUGCAUAUGCUAGGGGACGGAAACCAUUAGCUAAAUAA